AGGUGGAGCUGUGUAAUCUGACACAAGCCAUGCCCAAAGUACGUCUCCGACGCAGUGUGAGCAAGUGAGAUGGGGGAAUGAGGGGGCAUUCCAACUCUGGUUUGACAUUCGACUCCACAGCCUACAGACGCAUUGGCGAAAGUGUAUGCAGGAGUUUAUGCAGGAUACUUGGGCCUGCCUGGGAGUGGCCCCCGAGUCUGCCGCUGGAAUGUGUCUUUAGACAAGUGGGGAAACUUGCUUUGCUGCUGUUGGUUUUCCUCUCUUCCUUGGCUCUCCCUCUUGCUCCCACUCUCCUUGGGCUCCUUUUUCAAGCUUCCUGCCAGGCACUCUGAGCUCAAUAUACAUUUUUGGAUUACUUCUGGAUUCUUUUUGGGUUCUCCACUGCUCGCUGUGCCUUUUUUUUUUUUAAAGGUGAUUUUUGCCUUUUAGCCCCAUGUUCACUUUGUAGCAGUCAAUGAACAAUCAUUUGGAUAGCUCGCAGGCUUUUGCAUGCAUGUAGGUAAGUGGCCAGACCUCACCCUCAAGUGUCCUGGGAGUAUCUGGCAGUGGACCGGAAAGCUAGUGGAGCGGUAUUUUUCUCUGAGUGAGAAUAUCGGAUAUUGGACUGGCUGGGGGCCCUCUGUUAUGGGCUGUUUUGUUUCUAUGGAAAGAGCGCAAUGAAGAGUCGCUGCGAUCCCCAUGUCUCCCACCGUGAGGCUACAGCCUGUCUACUCAUGGAAGGGGGUGUUCAAGCUCUUCGCGUGCGUAGCUGCCCGAACGGCCAGCAAGCCUAAAGAGGUCCACACGUUUCAAGAGAAGAACAUAGCCUUACUGGGGAAUCAUAUGGACGAAGAAAUGAGUCGCCAGACUGCCACCGCGCUGCCCACAGGAACCUCAAAGUGCGCCCCCUCCCAGCGUGUGAACACCACAGCCUCCAACAGUGACCUAGCCAGCCUGUUUGAGUGCCCGGUGUGUUUUGACUAUGUGCUGCCUCCAAUCCUGCAAUGCCAGAGCGGCCACCUGGUGUGCAGCAACUGCCGGCCCAAGCUGACCUGCUGUCCGACGUGCCGCGGCCCAUUGGGCUCAAUUCGUAACCUGGCCAUGGAAAAGGUGGCCAACUCCGUGCUGUUCCCAUGCAAGUACGCCUCGUCGGGCUGCGAAGUGACGCUGCCACACACAGACAAGGCCGAGCACGAAGAGCUGUGUGAGUUCCGGCCAUACUCGUGCCCAUGUCCGGGUGCUUCGUGCAAGUGGCAGGGCUCGCUGGACGCAGUCAUGCCACACCUGCUGCACCAGCACAAGUCCAUCACCACGCUUCAGGGCGAGGAUAUCGUCUUCCUGGCUACGGACAUCAACCUGCCCGGUGCCGUCGACUGGGUCAUGAUGCAGUCCUGCUUCGGUUUCCACUUCAUGCUGGUGUUGGAGAAGCAGGAGAAAUAUGAUGGGCAUCAGCAGUUCUUUGCCAUCGUACAGCUGAUCGGAACACGCAAGCAGGCUGAGAACUUCGCCUACCGACUGGAGCUGAACGGCCACCGGCGGCGCCUCACCUGGGAAGCCACACCACGAUCCAUCCAUGAGGGUAUUGCCACAGCCAUCAUGAACAGUGACUGUCUAGUGUUUGACACCUCCAUUGCCCAGCUGUUUGCUGAAAAUGGAAACCUGGGUAUCAAUGUCACCAUAUCCAUGUGCUGAGGACUCGGAUACACACAUACACGCAUACCUACAUAGGCAUACACUUAAACAUUUCACAACAACCAUGAGACACCCGAGCACGAGGUGUGCAUUGGGCGGGGUGGGGUGGGGUAUCUACUCUAGGAAGCUUCUCGCUGUUGUAUGUUUCAAGUACUCAACAGGACUGACCUUUACCAAUGCUUGGCACGUCCAGCAACUGGCCAUUUUCCCAGGUUCUCAAUUUUAUGCUACAAUAUUAUAAUAAGUUAAAUAAUUAAACUAAUGUAUUCUACAUUUUUUGAGAGCAAAUGCCCGCAAAGAUGAGCCUUGUGAAGUGGACUUGCUCACACACAGCUUGUUUGUGAAGAUGGGUGAAGGAAUGGCACAGUAGAAUUGAGGGUUGGGGUGAACUCUAAAAGAUAAACUAGAAUUGUCCUGAUAUGUUGUUUCCUUUUUCUUUCCCUGACAGAUUGCAUUGUUAGUUCAAUGAAACACUAACAUUUUUAAGUUUCCACAGUUUUAGGUUUUAAUCGAGCAUUAUUUCGUCUUGUCCAAUCCCCUCUCCCCUGAGAAAGAUGCUGAAGAUGUUUGCAUGACCACUGGCGGAGGCUUAGUGUGUCCAGACUUCAUCUGAGAAUUUUUAGUAAUUUCUACCUGAAUCAUUGUAGAGUUUCUCCCAGGAUUUUCCUCAUGAGGAAGGGGGAGGCAGGAUUGAGGCGUUUGUGUGGACCUGAUGUGACCACAUCAGGUUUGAUGUCCUCAAAGCCACUUUUCCCUCUUAAAUGUUUUUCUCCCUAUGAUAGCCUACUUUUUCUGACCAGGUGCUAUUAACAGCAGUCUUGCGCCUGUGAACGUUAAGUCAUUUGAAUGGGUCGUGCUUUAGUUUGACAGGUAAACCACAUGCUCAUCUCGGUCAUGUGGAAAUGGUGAUCUCUUCAUGCUGGAGGUGAGGCUCUCCUGAAUAUCAGACUAGAAGUGAACGCAAUUUCUACCGUUAUUAUUGAGAUUAUCAUUUUGUAAUGACUUAAGAAAAAGGAAUGGAAAGGCUGUUGUAAUAUUGUGGCUAAUCUUCAGUGUUUGUAUAUAGUGUUGUUCUUCAGAAGGCCUCAUGUCUUUUGUUCUCCUUUUUGUAAGUACAGAUGUCUUUGUUUUGUAUGUGUGUCUGUUUUUGUGAGGAGUGGGUGAAGAAAACGCCAAAACAUCUCUGUGGAUACAUUGUACUGUUGCUGGUCCUGGUCUGUUUUUAUUUUUGUUUUAAUGUUUGUUUUUUGUUUGUUUUUGGUCUAUUUUGCCAUUAAAUAAAUCUAUCUUUUUCAUA